AGAUUUCUGGCGAUUUUAAUACUCAAUGAAAAAAAUUACAUAAUUAUUGAUGAGCAUGCUUCAAGUAUAAUACUCUGGAAAGUGUAUAGUUUGUUUUAGCUUCCAUGCGAAGAUAUGCGGCCCGUCUAAGUUUUGCUGAAAUGACAAAUGGCCCGCAAACUUAAAAAGGUUGGUCAUGCCUGGUGCAGUGUAAAUAGAGUCACUGUAAUUGGGAGUAUUCGCCUGCACAAGUCAGUGAUCUAUGUGACUAAAUGUAUAAGUGUGUAUACACAAAUGGAAUGCCUGAGUGAUUUUGAAGAACCGUUAUUAUUUGAACACAACGCAUUCUUUCCAUCUAUGGGAAGAACAAAUCUCAGGUAUCCGCCACCGUUGCCUGUUGAAAACGAGCCUGGCCGGAAUAAUAUCCCACCAGCGCCAAUAAGUCUUACAAUAAAAAAAAAUGAAAUGUUCCUGAUGCUUCAAUGGGAGAUGGAAUUAAAAAAACGCCAUGAGGAUAUUUGUUAUUAUGAACUAUAUUAUUGGAGUAAUCUUUAUGAAAACUGUCCCUACUGGAUUCUCAUAAAUAAUAUUGCAUCAUCUACAAAUCCAAUGCAAUACUUUUUAACUGGAUACAUACCAGGAUACAAGUACUAUUUUGCUGUGAGAGCCGUUGAUAUUUAUGGCAGACGUGGCCAUUUUAUCAAACAACACAUAAGACUAUAAAUAUCAUUAUUAUUAAUACAUAUAAUGAAAUGGAUAAUUUUUCUUUCUUUUUUUGCUCAACA